AUGAGUGGACUGAGGUGUCCUGUUGUUCUGGGGCUGGCGCUGUUACUAUUGACAGUGGGACCUUGCCAAGGGAGGACUGAACCCCGAGAACUCAAGGACAGACAGACUCUCUUAAACUUAAUAAUGGAGAUCAUCCAGGAACUUAAAAAAUACCAUUCGGGGGAGGACAACAGAUUGCAAUUUUUCAGCAAACAUGACUAUACUUUGGGCAGGAGAGAAGUCACUGACUAUGGAGUUUACCCUGAUGAGCAAAGAGUUGAAAUUGUCCCCCGAGAUUUGAGGAUGAAAGACAAAUUUUUAAAACAUCUAACAGGUCCUCUAUACUUUAGUCCCAAAUGCAGCAAACACUUUCAUAGGCUUUAUCACAACACCAGAGACUGCACCAUUCCAGCAUACUAUAAAAGAUGUGCCAGGCUUCUUACUCGGUUGGCUGUGAGUCCAGUGUGCAUGGAAGGAUAA